AGGAAAUUGAGGAGCAUUCUUUUGCUCUGUGAUUUAGUAUUCACUUUGACUCUGUAAGUCGCAGAUCUAUAUCUCCAACUAUUGAACAAAGGAAAAAAAAAAAAUGAAGUUCAAGAUAAAAAAUAGAAUAUAUUACUGAUCAGCUGCAUCACGGGCUCAAGAAAGUCAACACAAGCAAGUAUUGGAAUACUUCUUUGAAGAAGUAGUAAUGAACUGGGUCUCUUUCCCUAAUCCUUAGUGCCUUCCUCUUUGAUUUCUUCUUCGCCUUUAGCAUCUUCUAAAAAACACUCAUUUCGUUACCGGCAACCGAAGUGAUCAACUAUGGGGGAGGAGAUUCAGGAGAGUUUACUACAGAGUUCAGGAAAAGAUUUGAAAGUACGGAUUUUAGAUGAAUCCAGUAAGGUAUGGAAGGUUGCAUUGCCUGGUGUCCUGGCUCGUUUUUCCUCGUUUGGGAGUCUGGCUUCUCGGAGAAGAUGAAAAUAUUGCCCAAUCCGCUGGAUAUGCUUCUUUCUGGUUCAUCCCUUUCAUUUGCAGUUUUGUCUUCCUUAUGACAAACCAAAUGUUUCUACAAGCCCAACAAAAGAAUCAAAUCAUCGCUUGGCUGUCCAUUCUGCAAUUCACAAUCCAUGUUCCUCUGUCUUGGUUUUUGGUCAAUCUACUAAAUUUGGGAACUGCUGGAGCGAUUGGUGCACUUGGGAUUUCUUCAUGGCUGGUUGUAUUUGGAGAAUUUGUUUACAUCUUUGGAGGGUUCUGUCCUGAAUCCUGGACAGGUUUUACAACAGCUGCAUUCAAAGAUCUAUGGCCAAUGGUUAAACUCUCUGUGUCUUCAGGGGUGAUGCUCUGUUUAGAGUUGUGGUAUAACGCUGUGCUUGUACUAAUAGCUGGACAUAUGAAAAAUGCUGAGAUUUCUAUAUCUGCCUUUUCCAUCUGCGCUAAUAUCAGUUUAUGGGUUCUCAUGAUUACACUUGGAUUCUUCGGUGCUGCUAUUGUUCGGGUUGCCAAUGAAUUGGGCAGAGGAGAUGCUAAAGCUGUGAAAUUUUCUAUCAAAGUCAUUUUGACUAUUUCUUUUCUGAUAGGACUAUUCUUUUGGUCUACUUGCUUAAUCUUUGGUAAGAAUAUCGGAUACUUAUUCUCAGAGGAGAAAGAAGUAGCAGAAGCUGUAUCGGAUCUUUCUGUUUUACUAUCCUUCUCAAUCUUGUUCAACAGCAUCUAUCCGAUUCUCUCCGGCGUGGCGGUGGGAGCCGGUCUUCAGGGAACGGUUGCUUUUAUCACUCUGUUUUGCUAUUAUAUAAUCGGAAUCCCCAUCGGAGCUUUGCUUGGGUAUGGGGCUGGCUUGCAAGUGAAGGGCAUUUGGAUUGGGAUGAUAUGCGGAGUGAUUGCGCAAACUGUUUCUCUGUCUUACAUGACAUGGAGAACUGAUUGGGAUGAGCAAGUUACAAAAGCUGAGCAACGCCUCAAACGCUGGUACUUGAAAUCAUCAACCGAAUCCAAUCCAAUUUCUGACCAUACUUAAACAAUUCCUGCUACUCAUUUUCUUGCAUAUGGCGUGACUUGUAACCUUGAAAAAUAGCCCAAUUUUAGCAAUGUAGUUUCGAAGUACCCAUUUUUUUAAUAAGAACUUAUCAUAUUGCCGCAGAUUGAGUUUGUUUUAAUACUCCAUCCAUCCGUCCCAUAAUUAUUAUCUAAUUUAGAUUUUCAUUUUUAAAAUUGUACUAAAAAUAAAAUUCGGAGUGGACAAUAAUUUUGGGACAUAAAGAGUAUAAUUUUUGUAUAGUUAUUAUUGAUCAAUACAGUUGGAUUGAUGUAAG